AUGGCCCGUCAAACUUCUCUUGAUUCUGAGCGUCCCAUCAUGGCUCACUCGAACCGAAACUCAAAGCGCUUCUCUACCAUCAGCGGUAGCCCUUCGCUUGCAGCCUCCGAUCGUACAAACAGCAGUCUUCCCAGCGGUGACCCCAGAAUCGCCGACAUCUCCCACCUCCACGAAGGCUUCGAGCGCCUAGAGAACAAGCCCCUCACCAAGCAGCGAUUCGUGCCCACCGCUGAAAAGUCCGACAACCUGAACAAGCUCGCUCUCGGCGCAAAGGUCGAGCGCGCUCUGGGUCGCAGGAUGACUGGCCAGGACGCUGUCAUGCGCAAGCCUCUCUCCGAGAAGUCCGAGGCCACUGUUUCGCCUUGA